CCUGCAAACACAGCUAACGCUCAAAACAUUAGCUAAAAUGCUAAGCUAAUGCGAAGACAUUCUGUACACCCUUCAGGGAAGCUGGUUCAGAUUGAAUAUGCUCUGGCAGCUGUUGCAGCAGGUGCUCCCUCAGUGGGAAUUAAAGCUUCAAACGGUGUUGUGUUAGCAACAGAGAAGAAGCAGAAGUCUAUACUGUAUGAUGAACAAAGCGUCCACAAAGUAGAACCCAUAACCAAACACAUUGGUAUAGUGUACAGUGGUAUGGGUCCAGACUACAGAGUUUUGGUGAGGAGAGCAAGAAAGCUUGCCCAACAGUAUUUCCUGGUUUACCAAGAGCCCAUUCCCACAGGUCAGCUUGUGCAGAGGGUGGCUUCAGUUAUGCAGGAGUACACACAAUCAGGAGGUGUUCGCCCAUUUGGUGUGUCUCUCUUAAUUGCCGGCUGGGAUGUGGACCGUCCAUAUCUUUUCCAGUCUGAUCCCUCGGGUGCGUACUUUGCGUGGAAGGCCACAGCUAUGGGAAAGAACUAUGUGAAUGGGAAGACUUUCUUAGAGAAAAGAUACAACGAGGAUCUUGAACUAGAAGAUGCUAUUCACACAGCUAUUCUGACCCUUAAGGAAAGCUUUGAAGGUCAGAUGACCGAGGACAACAUUGAGGUUGGAAUCUGUAAUGAGGCUGGCUUUAAGAGACUGACUCCUGCUGAAGUGAAAGACUACCUAGCUGCUAUUGCAUAAAUUCAACCACUACAAUGUUAAAUAUACUGACUUAUGUUGUUUCAAAUUCUUCAGAAAAAAGUAAAAUGUUGCAAGGGUGAUGUGAAAUGAAGUGGUAGUUUUAUUAUUUGUAUUUUUUACUGAGUGAAAAAUAAACUACCAAAAUACAUGCAAA